CAUAUCAUACUUCCUCAGGAGCCAAUAGAGUAGAGGAACGGAAAAGCGCUUCUUGAGUUCCGGGGUCGGCGGAAGAUGGCGGCUACCGAAGAGGGUUGGUGUUUGUGCAAAUUAUUGAGGUUCUUUUAUUCAUUAUUCUUUCCUGGGUUAAUUGUAAGUGGAACUUUAUGUGUAUGUCUGGUCAUUUUCCUUUGGGGAAUCAGACUGCUGCUCCAGAGAAAGAAAAAAUCAGCGACAACUAGCAAAAAUGGGAAAAAUCAAAUGGUGAUUGCAUUUUUUCAUCCAUACUGCAAUGCUGGCGGAGGAGGAGAAAGAGUGUUAUGGUGUGCCUUAAGAGCCCUGCAGAAAAAGUAUCCUGAAGCAGUUUAUGUUGUUUAUACUGGGGAUGUUAAUGUCAGCGGUGACCAGAUACUAGAAGGUGCUUUCAGAAGAUUUAAUGUCAGAUUAAUUCACCCAGUGAAGUUUGUUUUCUUAAGGAAGCGCUACCUUGUGGAAGAUUCACUUUAUCCUCACUUCACAUUGCUGGGCCAAAGUCUAGGAUCCAUGUUUCUUGGCUGGGAAGCACUCAUGCAGUGUGUUCCUGAUGUGUACAUCGAUUCCAUGGGAUAUGCCUUCACGCUGCCUCUGUUUAAGUAUGUAGGGGGGUGCCGAGUUGGAAGCUAUGUUCAUUAUCCCACUAUCAGCACUGACAUGUUCUCUGUCGUGAAGAAUCAAAAUGCUGGAUUUAAUAAUGCAGGCUUCAUCACCAGGAAUCCUUUUCUCAGCAAAGUGAAGCUCAUCUACUACUAUUGGUUUGGUUUCAUGUAUGGACUGGCUGGGUCUUGCAGUGAUGUAGUCAUGGUCAAUUCUUCUUGGACACUAGCCCAUAUCCUCUCCCUGUGGAAGGCUGGAAAUUGUACUAGCAUCGUUUAUCCACCUUGUGAUGUACAGACUUUUCUGGACCUUCCCUUACAUGAGAAAAAGAAGACCCCCGGACACCUACUGGUUUCUAUUGGCCAGUUCAGGCCUGAAAAGAAUCACCCUUUGCAGAUCCGAGCCUUUGCUAAAUUGCUCAAUAAAAAGGGGGCGGAGUCGCUUCCUUCACUUAAACUUGUCCUCAUCGGGGGUUGUCGUAACAAAGAUGAUGAACUUCGAGUAAAUCAACUGAGAAAGCUUUCUGAGGACCUGGGAGUUCAAGACCAUGUGGAAUUUAAAAUAAACAUUCCAUUUGAAGAAUUAAAGAAGUACUUGUCUGAAGCAACAAUUGGUCUUCAUACCAUGUGGAAUGAGCAUUUUGGUAUUGGAAUUGUGGAGUGCAUGGCAGCUGGCACGAUCAUCCUUGCACACAAGUCAGGGGGCCCAAAGCUUGACAUUGUAGUUCCUUAUGAAGGAGAUGUAACUGGAUUUCUGGCUGAAAGUGAAGAAGGCUAUGCUGAUAUGAUGGCUCAGAUUCUUUCCAUGUCAGCAGAAAAGAGACUUCAGAUCAGAAAAAGUGCCCGUGCGUCUGUACUCAGAUUCUCAGAUCAGGAGUUCGAAGUGACAUUCCUGUUGUCUGUGGAGAAGUUAUUUAAAUAAUGCCAUAUCUGCUCAAAUGAAAGCUAUUUUAUGUAAAGUGGUUAAACAUCUUCACGUGUACAUAUUUUUCUAAACUGAUUCCCUGUGUAAUAAAGCCAGCCUAAGCAGUGUUCUCAGUGGUAUGUACAUAGCCAAGGUAUUUAUUUCAAUGAAAACAAAAUUACCUAAAUGGAAAGGUAAUUUUACAUAAUGAAUAAAAUGAGAGUUUAAAUGUAAAAAAUUUAGACUAGUGUUGGUCUCAAAUUCUGAAAAAUAUGGAUCUGAAAGAAAAAAGAUUAACAAUCUUUAAUUUUUGUGUAGUUCAUAUUUUAAAAAUUAUUUUUGUCAAAUCAUUUUACUUUAGAAAACAGAGUUAAAGGAAAUGUUGAAAGGAAAUGCCUGAUAAUUGACUAGCACUUUAGAAUUGUCCAGACACUUUUGGAACACUUAGAAAAAUUCCUGUGCAUUUAAUUUCUAAACAGUAUUAUUGUGGGUCACUCUUGUGAACAUACCUAAUGAUUUUCUUAAAAGAGAAAAGAAGCUUUAAGCAGGCUUAUUUAUUCAUGUUCUGAAAGCAUAGCCAAAAGUCAUGAUGACCAUGAUUGCUUUAUGGGUGUAUGUAGGCAUGGAGGCCAGUGUACUGCCAGCGGUCCUUUCCAUAACGAGGUAUUUGUGAAAAUUGCUUUUGCUUUGUGCUGUAAGCACGUUGGUACGGGCCUCUCGUGUUAUCCUUUAACAGCUCUGCAUCUCAGAGGCUGGCCGUCACAUCUAAGUCAUUCAUUCAAGAGGGCUGAGUGAAAACAUCCAGACCAGUUGUUUUUCUGAGAGUAGAGAUGUGGUAUACUGAUCAUCUGCAAGUCUCUGUUAUCAGCACUAUGCGUUGUCAGAUGGCAAGGGGACAGUUUGAAAAGAGCACUGGACUAGCAGUCAGAAAACCUGGGCUUGACCAUCAUUUACAAACAUCUGACUUUUGACACAAAGCUGCCACUUAGUCUUUCUGAGCCUCAGAUUCUUCAUCUAUAAUCUGUGAAUGUUAAUACUGGUCUUCUGUACCUUUUAGAGUUGUGGGGCUGAGAUUGAAAGUACUUAGAAAAUUAUAAAAUUUAAUUAAGGAUAACAAUAUAUAGUAAAUGUUUUCUGUAAUUCUAUGUUUAUCAAU